ACAGCGGCAGCUCCCGCGGGUGUAAACAUGACGUGGUGUUGGUGGCAGGUCGGCCGCCCUGUCGUCCCACAGUCCUUCCUCACACUCCUACCUUACACGCCUCCCUCUUCUCUCCCUUCGUCAUAACGGCUCAACAGAAUGCCUUAUAUAUCGUCAGAUGGAACCAUAGGAGGUGGGGGAGGAUGGGGAAUAUCCACGGUCACUGACUUUUUCUGGGGAUUCGUCAACUUUAUAGUUUUAUUCUUUCGGACAUUAAUCAGCCCAGGCAUAGAUGGGGAGGGUGGAUUUACAAGCAGUUACAAUGCACGUGGUAGAGGACCACCACCUGGUCCUCCAAGAAGAAGAAUGGGUCGGCUGCAUGGUUCUGGAGGGCCAGAUCCUCCUCCAAUGGCUGGUGGUGGAUGAGGGCGUUAAUUCCUCUUGUCAGUGGCUGUAUAAGCACUUAGCAGGGGAGUUGUAUGUAUCCAUAUAAGAGAUGUGACUGUCAUGUGCUGUUAGGACUGACUAAUAUUACAUGUAACAAGUAGCUUAGAUAGACUUUUUUGGUGUUAAAACUAAAAUUUCUACUCGUUGAUAGAUAAAUGAUUAAAACAAAUAUGCACUGUUCCUUUAAUGAGUUUCUAAAAGCAUAUUACGGCCAUUAUAUGACGUGUUGCCCAAGAAAUCACUUGUGGGUGGUCAAUACUGAAGAUACUGUUAUGGGUACAUGAUACAAUACAAAGUUUUUAUAAAAUGUUUUUGUAUAUAGUAUAUUCUAUGAAUGAUGUAUGAAGAUAUUUCAGAUUAAAUCGUAUGUAAUAAGUGUUAAAAGAUUAAUCAUCCUAUGUGAUAAGAUAAUAAAGUUUUCUUUUUCAAGUAAAAUUUGAGAUUUAGAACCAUGGUUGAAAAUAUAUAAUUAAUAUUUUUGGUCAUUGAACAGUAUAGUAUAUACUUACUGUUGAACAUGUAUCAACAUUAUAGUCAAAGAUGAGGUACUAUACCAAGUUUUGGUCUAACUUGAACAAAAAAUGUGUAAAAUGCACAUAUUAAAUAUUUAUUUAACUUUGAAACGAUCACAGAUGAAACAUUAUCUAUAUAAUGUCUUUGUGUUAGUUAAAUCCUUAAGAUUUUGUUGAAUGUAUUUCUGGGGUGUUAGGUGGUCCAUGGAAAUCAACCACAGCCAUAUUUUACUCACUUAAAAUGUACAUAAAAGUUUCUGAGAAAUGGUGUCUUAAAAUAUUUUUGUUUUUAGUCUUUACCAACUAUUUCACUAAUUGGGCCAAGAAGUACAUUGUGUUAAUUUCUUGGUCGGCUGUACACUGAGGUACCUGUUGGAUCAUGGUGAGAUUUGCAGUCGAUGAGUCACAAUAACAUAACUGAAGUAUGCUGACCAAUCCACACACUAGAAAAUGAAGUGACGACGACGUUUCGGUCCGUCCUGGACCUUUCUCAAGUCGAUUGUAGUGAGGGAAGGAAAUGACGGCAAUAAAUAGGCAUUUGCCUUGCUCCUCGCCUCUCUCUUGCCUAUUUAUUGCCAUCAUCUCCUUCCCUCGCCACAAUCGACUUGAGAAUAGUCCAGGACGGACUGAAAUGUUAUCGUCCGUUCAUUUUCUAAUGUGUAGAUUGGUUAACAUGGAGAGAUUUUUCUGUGAAAGUUAAAGUAAUGGGCCAGUACUGUAUUGUCCAAGAGUGUUCUUCCACCAUGAUAGGUUUAAUCAUUAUGUGCAUAAAGAAUUGGAAUUUUUUUUUGCAUUGGUGAGGUGUUGGUUUGUGUUUUCAUAAUAUAAACUAUAGUGCACACUUCAAUUUAUUUUGCCAUGACAAUGUAUUUGAUGAGAAUAUCAUAUGGAACACUUGAUUUAAGUUCUAUAUACAGUGUGUAUAGUUUCACUAUUAGCUGGUAGCAAUACCACAGAGGAGCAGUUACAGUAAUAACUUUUGUCAGUAUAGGUGAUGAAAUAACUGUUCAGGAUAGUCAUAGAUCAGUUAAUAAAAAUGGGCAGUUAACAUUCUUGAGCUAGUACGGUAGUCUCUUAAAUUAAAAUUGUUUUUGACCAAGGA